AUGGGAUGGGGUGGUGGGGCAAGUGCCCCAUCCAUCGUCCAGAGUCUGUCGGCGCGGGCCACUGCACAGCAGGGCGAGGGUCGGAGCACCCACGUGGUGGGAAAGUUUCGAGGUAGCAAAAUGCGGCCCGGCACCGCAGGGUGGGUGGGUCGGGACGCAGAGGGCCGAUUUGCCCCUACUGGCGAAAGCAGAAAGCAAAAAGCGGAGGCGAGCGGGGUUGGGCGGGGGAGCGGGCAGCACCGACCUGAACAGAUUCCGCCUCCCCCUCCGCCCCCGGGAAGCCCGAGUGGGUUGGCGCGGACCGUCUCCUCCCGCACGGCCAGGACGACACUCCUCCGCCCCCCUUUCUGCCGACGUCUAUCUCCACGCGCGCGCACAUAUGGAGAUUGUGCGGCUUUUUUACCCCUCGGGAUAAAAAACGGGGAGUGUAAAAGAGAGGGCAAAGCGAAGAACUCCUCCUCGGCGCGCUCUGCUCUCCGCGCGCGGCUGGGCGCAGAGACGCCGCCGCCACCGCCCGCUCUGCCCGGCCUGCGGCGUGUGCCACCGGGCGGCUUCCAGGACACCUGUACGUCGUGCGGCGGCUUCCGGCGGCCGGAGGAGCUGGGCCGGGUGGACGGCGACUUCCUGGAGGCGGUGAAGCGGCACAUCUUGAACCGCCUGCAGUUGCGGGGUCGUCCCAACAUCACGCACGCCGUGCCCAAGGCCGCCAUGGUCACAGCUCUGCGCAAGCUGCACGCGGGCAAGGUGCGCGAGGACGGCCGCGUGGAGAUCCCGCACCUCGACGGCCACGCCAGCCCGGGCGCCGACGGCCAGGAGCGCGUCUCGGAAAUCAUCAGCUUUGCGGAGACAGAUGGCCUGGCCUCUUCCCGUGUCCGCCUGUAUUUCUUCAUCUCCAAUGAAGGCAACCAGAACCUGUUUGUGGUGCAGGCCAGCCUGUGGCUUUAUCUGAAACUCCUGCCCUAUGUCCUGGAGAAAGGCAGCCGACGGAAGGUGCGGGUCAAAGUGUACUUCCAGGAACAGGGCCACGGAGACAGAUGGAAUGUGGUGGAAAAGAAAGUGGACCUCAAGCGCAGUGGCUGGCACACCUUCCCGCUCACAGAGGCCAUCCAGGCCCUGUUUGAGCGAGGUGAGCGGAGGCUCAACCUAGACGUGCAGUGUGACAGCUGCCAGGAGCUGGCCGUGGUGCCGGUGUUUGUGGACCCAGGCGAGGAGUCACACCGGCCCUUUGUGGUGGUGCAGGCCCGGCUGGGGGACAGCAGGCACCGCAUUCGCAAGCGAGGCCUGGAGUGCGAUGGCCGGACCAACCUCUGUUGCAGGCAACAGUUCUUCAUUGACUUCCGGCUCAUUGGCUGGAAUGACUGGAUCAUUGCACCGACUGGCUACUAUGGGAACUACUGCGAGGGCAGCUGCCCAGCCUACCUGGCAGGGGUCCCAGGCUCUGCCUCCUCCUUCCACACGGCGGUGGUGAACCAGUACCGCAUGCGGGGCUUGAACCCUGGCCCUGUGAACUCUUGCUGCAUCCCCACUAAGCUGAGUUCCAUGUCCAUGCUCUACUUUGAUGACGAGUACAACAUCGUCAAGCGCGAUGUGCCCAACAUGAUUGUGGAGGAGUGUGGCUGUGCCUGACGGUGGCAGGCAGGGGCGUGGCGGCAGUAGUGCUUGGGACAGAGCCCCCCAUGGGGGCAUGAGGUGCACAGUGGCUGAGCAUGCUCACUCCAUCGGGCUGCAGAGAGAGUCAGGGUGGGCCCCAAAGCAUUUUCUGCUGCUCUGUAGAGCAACCAGUCAAAACCAGAGGGCGAGCCCUCAACUGACACGAGACUUUCAAAUGCACACGUAGACACGCACAGCCAGACGCAUCCUGCCACCCACACAGCAGCCUCCAGGAUACCAGCAAGUGGAUGCGGCGACAAAUGGCAGCUUAGCUACCAAUGCCCAUCAGUGGCAGAGAAUGGGGUGAGCAGCCCUCAUUCCCACCAGCUGGCCCAGCUACUCUGAAUUGCGCCUUCUGAGCACACAUAAAAGCACAAAGACAGAGACACUGAGAGAAGGAAAGCAAAAGCGAGAGGAGAGAGGGAGGGAGGGAGAGAGGAGAAAGCGCCACUGAGAAGAAAAGCAGGAUGGGGCGUGUGUAGCCAGGCAGAGGGCUGUGCGCCCUGCGUCCCCUUGACCAGUCCUGGGCCUGCGCACUGCCUCAGCUCCUGCUGGAAACAUGUUUGCUUCCUUCCCACCUGGCAUUCUCUGUGCUGCAAGAACAGGGGAGCGGUCCUUCCACACUCUUGGAGAGGGAAAGUGGCCCAGGAAGGACACCGCCUGUCAGACCAUGGCAAGGGGCAAUGACUGUUUGACAGUCACUGGGUCCCUGAUGUGAGUGUGUGUGUGUGUGUGUGUGUGUGUGUGUGUGUGUGUGAUGGGGAGGGAGGGAGAGAAGAGGGGUCUCAAUUUGAUGCUUUAACUGAUCUCCAGCAGCUGACAGGUCAUCCGUGCCAGCUGUAGAACUGAAGAGACUUAUUUGUCAGUUAUCACUUUUAAGUGAAAACCACAAUUGUUCUAAAUGAGAAGAAAAAAGUUGCAAUCUGUGCCCUUUGCUGGGGACAUUCCUCUAGGGCUGCUGGGGGGGGGGAGGAUAAUCACUAGUCAGAGGGAUGAGCCCAGAGGAGGUGAUGGUGGCCGUAGGGGCAUUCUGGAAAUACAGGUAGGGGUUUCCCCAACGCAGGGUGAGAAUGGAGAGCUGCUCGGCUGGUCUUGGAGAGGAGGGAGGCUCGCAGCUGCUUUGCAGAAGUUGCCGUGUGGGUGGGCCCCGGCCAGCAGAGCUGGCUGUGGACAUGGCCCCUGCCUACCCACCUGCCCGCCCGCCCGCCCCGCAUUGCACUUGCAGACCCGCCUGAACACACACGCUGUAGCACUUGCCGAUCUGCGUGUGUCCAGAAGUGGCCGUGGGAACAGUGCUGAGCUGACUUUCCCCGUACACGUCCAAGUGCCACGUGAACUAUGCAAUUUAAAGGGUUGACCCACACUAGAUGAAACUGGACUCCAACAACUCUUUUUAUAUUUUUUAUACUUGAAAUGAAAUCCUUUGCUUCUUUUUUAAGCGAAUGAUUGCUUUUAAUGUUUGCACUGAUUUAGUUGCAUGAUUAGUCAGAAACUGCCAUUUGAAAAAAGAAGUUAUUUUUAUAGCAGCAAAAAAAGAAUACAGUUAAAUGUAUUAUACAUAAUUUUGGAACCAAAGAGGCCAACAGAUCAGUUUUAAUUUUUAUUAGAUGGUGAGGCCAUCUUACCUGAGGCAAACGUUCUGAACAAUCCUUUGAGUGGCCUGCCAAUGUUUCAGGGUAUAAAUGGAUUUUGUUUAUUCAGUUUGAUAUGUCUUUUCUAUCCUUACACACCCAGAAGGUAGAGUAAAAAUGACUGUGGUAGAAUUCAGGUGUGUAUCCUUAAAUCCUCAUCUUUAUGUUUAUUUAAUAAAGCUCCCCUUAGGUUCUGUUUCAUAAUAAUUUAAAACCAAACAGUUUCCCCAUAGACUGGCUGUUAAAGUAUUUUGCGUCUGUGUACAGUUUAAGAAAAUAAAAGAUUGA